GUCGCCUCAUCAGCGACCUUCUCAAGAUGGCGUACUUGUUGUUCUGUCGGCGACGUCAGCGAAGGGUCUCCGGCCGCCGUGGCUGUGCCUUGAACUGAGGGCCAACCUCGAUGACGGAUCGGAUUUCCAGAGGAGGGGCAUUCGGGAUGGACUCUUUGCUUUGAGAUCCACUUUGAAUGGUUAUGGAGAAGUUUGGUGUGAACUUUGGUGGUGGCCCAAGUAAGAGAGAGCUUUUGGAUACCAUUGAAACACAGAAGAAGCAGCUGCUCCAGUACCAGACACGGUUGAGAGAUGUCGUCCAGGCUUACAAAAGCCUCCUUAAAGAGAAAGAAGCUUUAGAAGCCAGUUUAAAAGUCCUCUCUGCAUCACAGGAAGUGGAUAAAAAUUUACAAAACAUAGGUCCUGCAAGUGCAGCCUCUGACAUUGGAGAUGAUCAAAGCUCAGUCCAUAGUGAGGACAGUUUAGGGACAGUGAAUAGUGUGGACACAGCAGCUAGUUUGACAAGUAGCAGCAAGGGAGAGUUAAAUAAUGAAGAUAAGGUCUUGGUGGAAUUGGAGGCUGGAGGAAGCUCUUCAAAGAGUGAGGAAGCUAACAGUUCUGAAAGUGGUAUCAUUGUUCUGAGUGGGGAACUGCAGAACCACAGUGAAACUGAUAAAAAGAUGCAGUUGAAAAGUCAGUUGGCAACACUGACCAAUGCUUUGGCAACUGUCACGCAGGAAAAAUCACGAAUGGAAGCUUCUUACUUAACAGACAAGAAGAAAAUGAGACAAGAGCUGGAAGAUUUGACACAGAGGUUUCAAGAAGAAAACUCCAAAUAUGAAGCUGAGAUUAAAAAAGUCCAAGAACAACUAGCAGAGGCCAAAGCACGAAUUAUCACCCAGCAACAUGAACGAGACCGGGAGCAGAAUGACCAUGCCACAAUGCUUCAUGAACUUCAAAAGUUGCUACAGGAAGAGAGAGCUUUGCGUCAAGAUAUUGAACUAAAACUUGAAGACACAAAGGAUAUAUUGACAUCAAAAAGCCAUGCAGCAGACAGGGUAGAUGACUGUGAGUCUCAAAUGAAGCAUCUGAGUAAGGAGGUGGAUGAGGUGAGGAAUGCACUACGGCUUGCUGAAGAAGAGAAGAGAAGACCAGACCCACGUGUACAGGAAUUAGAGGAGGAAAUGACUGAGACAAAGGCUCAUUAUCAGGCACAACUUCAGUUGGAAAUAAGGAAGGCUGCUCAGGCCCAGGAACAGCUACGUCACUUCUCUCAAAUGGAGGAGGAGCGUGUUGCAAAUUUGGAAACUCGAGUCUCUGAGCUCUCUGAGCUUGUAGGCACUUAUGACAAGUGUAAGCAGAAAGACAAGGUGACAAUUCACAAACUGAAAGAGCGAAUUAUACAAUUGGAUAUGGAGAACAAGACGUUGGCCAAUGCUGCAUCCAACAGAGCCUCAUUGGAUCCAAUGGUUGAUGAAUCUAAUUUGGAUGUGAAUAUUUUAAGAGACAAAAUGGAAAAGCUGAAAAAACUGUUGGCACUGGCAGUCCGGAAAUCACAGGAACCCUUAGAUAUGGAGAAGCUUUGUGAAGUUGAUUCGACAGAUGUACCUGACACAUCAGAUGGAGAGAAGGCUUCUGUUUUCUAUUAUCAACAUGAGUUGAAACAGUUGAAGGAAGAGUUUGAACGGUAUAAGAUGAGGGCUCAAGUUGUGCUCAAAAACAAGAAUGCUAAAGAUGGCAAUACAACCAAAGAGUUGGAGAGUUUGCGUGAGCAACUGGCAGAGUUGAAGGAGAAGUAUAUUUCCCUCCGCCUUGCAUGUGAUGAAAUGGAGGCCAAGCAUAAAUGUGACAAUGAGGCAAAUAAACAGUAUGUUGCCCAGCUCCAAGCAGCUCAUAAGAAAGAACUAGAAAAGGUUGAGAUCCAGUAUCAUGAACGAGUUAUUAAACUGGAAGAAGAAAUGCACAAGCAAAGAGACAGAGCUCUUGCAGUCUUAGCAGAGAAAGACCGAGAGACUGAAACUUUACGCUCGGGUUCCAGUGGGCUAUUGAGUCACAAAAACUUUGUUGAAAGCAAGUUUCCAUCUGAGGACAGUAGUCCUCAGAACGAAGAUGAUCUUCAAAAAGAUUUUUGUCAAGAUAUCGUGAAGCAGACUGCUAAAUUUUCAGGACCUAAUGAACCUACUUUUCUUCACUAUGCAGAACAGCUGGCUCGAAAGGAGCUUGAGAUCACAACACUGAGGAAGCAGAAACACCAAAUGGAAGCUGUAGUUCAUCAGCUGGAGGACAGUCUCCUGAUGGAGAAAGAAAGACAUAAAGAAGAUGUUGAAGUUCUUCAAGACAAGAUACAGAAACACCUCAGGGACAAAAAACGUGAAGGAGCCAACCUGGAAUAUGUGAAAAAUGUGAUAUACAGGUUCCUGACCUUGCCUGAUGCUCUGGGGCGCCAGCAGACACUGACUGCCAUUCUCACUGUUCUGCAUUUCAGUCCUCAGGAGAAGCAGAGUGUGAUGAAGCAGCAGGUCAGCAGUUGGUGGAGUUCUGGGAAAAGAUGAUCUGUGCAAUAUUUAUUAAUUCUUGAUUGUUUUUUGAUCCUAAAUUCCACUUUUUACAAGUCAUUCAUGUUGAUAGUUUUGUGCUAGGCUAUUUCUGUUUUUCUAAGCUCCAAACUAUGAUAUCAUUGCCAUUAACCUGAAAAUAAAACCUUCAAAGUCACCUCUACUGUCCAACCUAGCGAUAGUUCUGUAUUUGUCAAUGAUAUAAAGCUGGAAUGUUUUGUAAACUGGUUCAUAUCUCUGCAGCAAUUUUAAGAGGAUUAAGAACCUUAAAUUUGACAUGAAAUAAGAGAAAACAAGUUCCUUUUAAGCUUUCAGUGGGAAUAUUGUCUUCAUAAUAUCUGCUUCAUAUGCUGAUGCCAAAAAGCUUUGUCUUGUGAAAUAGCUUAUUGAGAAAAUUAUCUUUUUGGUUGCCAGUGCAGUUCUUAUUAUAAAAUGGAAUGAUC